UUAUUGGCCAACUCUUGGGCCGAGGGGUGUCCCCUCUGGAUAACCACCGUAUCUCGGGCUGGAGAGCUGCUGAGAUUUAACACUUCAGCACCUGCUGCCGUUCGGGAAGCAGCCUUGGAGCUUCGGCUUCUUUUUUUUUUCUCUUGCUUUGGGUACCACACAACCGCCACCGUGUCUCGCCAGCGAGCCAAGAUGUCCAAAGUGGCCAAAUACCGGCGACAAGUUAGUGAAGAUCCAGAUAUAGACAAUUUAUUGUCUACUUUGUCUCCAGAGGAGAUGGAGGAGCUGGAAAAGGAGCUGGAUGUGGUGGAUGCGGACGGGAGCAUCCCUGUGGAGCGCAGUCAGACAAACCAAUCAGAAAACUCCUUACCUGGCCCACAGAACUGUGACACGGCGCUCAACCACCACGACAAGGACACCAAGAGGCUCCUGCAGCGGGAGCACUCGGUAGACGAAAGCAGGUUGAAAAAGAAUGAGGGAGACAAAAAUCAAGAAGAAAAAGGAAAAGAAUCUCCUUCCAAAGAACUGGCCGAGAAACAAGAUGCUAAAGUGGGGAAAGACUCUAAAAAGGAAGAAAGUGUUGAGAAAACAGACCUGAAAGGUAAAGCUGAGACUGAGACCAAGAGCAAAGAGAGCAAUGCUAUGAAUGAUAAAGUAAAGGCCAUGGAAAAAAAGCUGAUGGGGAAGGACAAGAAGGAGGAAGAGAAGGGUUCAGUGUUGAAGAAGGACACAGGGAAGAACAAAAAGGAGGAAGAGAAGAGCUCAGAGUUGAAGAAAGAUGAAGGGGAGGAUAAAAAGGAAGAAGAAAACAGCUCAUGUCUUAAAAAGGAGGAUGCAGGGAAGGAUAAAAAGGAAAAAGAGAAGACCUCAGCAGCAAAGGAGGAGACUGAGAAGGAAAAGAAGCAAGAAGAGAAGGAUUCAGCAUCAAAGGACACAGGGAAGGACAAAAAGGAGGAGAACAGUUCAGAAUCAAAGAAACAGACAAAAAAAGACACAAGAGGGGAAGAUAAAAAAGAAAAUGACAAAAAAGAAGAGGAAAAGGCUUCGGCUGUGAAAAAAUCCAAGGCAGAUGAGAAUGAUAAAUCCCAGACAGAAGCAGAAAAGGCAGAAAAGGUGGAGGAAAAACAGGAGGCCAAGGCAGCAGCCGAGAGCAGCCCUUCCAAGUCUUCCUCCAGCAGCUCUGCAGAUCAAGCCAAGGACGAUGAAGCCUCCAGCAUCUUUGACGAGCUCAUCGAGAAGGUGAAGAACAAUGACGCUGAGGUGACCGAGGUCAACGUGAACAACUCCGACUGCAUCAACAACGAGACCCUGGUGCGCUUCACUGAGGCCCUGGAGUUCAACACUGUGGUCAAGGUGUUUGCCCUGGCAAACACCCGCGCUGAUGACCACGUGGCCUUUGCCAUUGCCAUAAUGCUCAAGUCCAACAAGGUGCUGACAAGCAUCAACAUGGACUCCAACCACAUCACAGGCAAGGGUAUCCUGGCCAUUUUCCGGGCCCUGUUGCAGAACAACACACUAACAGAGCUACGUUUCCACAACCAGCGGCACAUCUGUGGGGGGAAAACAGAGAUGGAGAUUGCCAAGCUCCUGAAAGAGAACACCACACUCCUGAAGCUGGGUUACCACUUCGAGCUGGCUGGGCCACGCAUGACUGUCACCAACCUGCUGAGCCGAAACAUGGACAGGCAGAGGCAGAAACGCCUCCAGGAGCAGAAACUGGCACAGGAACGGGGGGAGAAGAAAGACCUCCUGGAGGUGCCCAAGCCUGGAGCAGUGCCGAAGGGGUCCCCCAAGGCAUCCCCGCAGCCAUCGCCCAAGGCUUCCCCCAAAAGCUCUCCCAAGAAAGGAGGGGCACCCACCAUACCACCCCCACCUCCUCCUCCGCUCGCCCCACCACUGAUGAUCAACGAGAACCUGAAGAACUCACUCUCGCCAGCCACACAGAGGAAGUUGGGAGACCGGGCGCUGCCAGUCCAGGAGAAGAACUCUCGAGACCAGCUCCUGGCAGCCAUUCGCUCCAGCAACCUCAAACAACUCAAGAAGGUGGAGUUGCCGAAGCUGCUGCAGUAGGGAGCGGGAGGAUUUUUCCCCUGCAGCCCAUGGCAGACCCCCAGACACUCACCUUUCUCGUGACAAGCCCUUUGGAACCUGCAGUGACCGACGCCGAGGAGCAGGGAUCUCUCUGGGACACGGAGGAUGGGCCGGGCCCAGCAGGACAUGAUGCAGGAGGUUGUAUUUAUUUUUUGAUGGUUGUGAAGCCUUCAAGCUCACUCUUCUACCAGCACUGUGCCCCACCGGAGAUGCCAAGAAUAGAGCAGGGGUCUGCAGAGCUGAUCCUCAUGGAAAUCCCCCGUCAGAGCUUAACAAAGGGGUUUGGCACCCCACUCUAUCCAGGGUCCAGCCUGGGGUGAGCAAGAGUACCCCCAGCCGUGGGGGGGAGCAGGGGACACCCAGACCAUCACCACAUCACCACAAGGUUUCUGGGUGGCCAGCAGAGUUUUGGGAUUCAGGCACAGCAGUGGCUGCAGAGCUGGGGGUUCAGGCUUGAUGUCAGGAGGAAUGGGAGGGUGGGAGAAGGGAGCAGCCAGGGAGAGAGGGGGCAUGGAAGUGGGGGACACAGGGAGCCAGGCUGGGGCCAGGAGCUCGGGCAUCUUGUUCGCACCCACAGUACUGCAGGGGGACCCCCAGGACCCUCAGAGCAUGGAAACCAAAUCCGCCUCAGAGAGAGCAGGGAAAGCACCAGCUCAAGGGGGGCAGUGGGUUUUGGGGUCAUGUGAUGCCCAUCCUCCUCCCCCCAUCCUUCCCGUCGUGACACGUUGAUCACGAUUUGUAUGACUGUGGCCACUGCAUCAGCAAUAAAGCUCACCCAAAUGCUU